UGUAUGCAUAUUCAUACAUAUGUACAAAUAUUUAUGGAUAUACAACGAGAAUGUUAGAAUACGUUAUUCUUCAUUCUCGAUAUAGAUUCAUAUGCACCGUAUUUUAAUAUAUGUAUCUGUAGCUAUAUACAUACACAUGUAUAUGUAGAUACACAUAUCUGUGUGUGCGUGUGUUCUACGUUAUUUUGAAUUAUCGGUUCGCCAAACUAAAACAACAUAUUUAUAAACAAAAUGACAUCACUAAAAAAUAGAUUGUUUCACAUUUUUAUUUAAGUUCGUACUCACCACAUUAAUAUAGUAGUGCACAUAUAAAAGUUAUCAGUAACUAAAGUUAAGAGAAGAAAAUUUCCUCGAAAUUCCACAAAUUUUUUUAUUUUAAAUGUUGUCUGUUAGCCGUCUAUAUCAAACUAUUAUGAUUAUUAAUUCUAUAUAAAAAACGGUACAAUAUUCGCAAACUUUAAGAUUAAUACAUAAAAGCAAUUAUGAAAAUGUUACUCAUACGCCAUAUAACCCAUAAAUCGUAUUGUUGACAUUUUACACAAUUUAAAAAUUACCUGAAAAAUAUUGCCAUAACACUAUAUAUGUAUAUAUUUUGCUAAUUUAAUUUUUUCAAAUUAGGAGCUUUUUUUUAAUUCUAAAGUGAAAUUGUAACUGUCCAAGGUAAUUUGCGUAGUACAAUUUGCGAUGGAUGAAUAUCUGUGUGCCCACACCCGUAACUAGUUAAUAGUGAGCUAAUAUUAUUCUAUUACGCUCACACUUUAAGCGAAUGUCAAUUGAUAUUGUCUUAAUUUAUAAUAAACGCUAAAAAUUAAUACAUAUUUUGCUUCGUCUCUCAAAUAACUCGCUACGGCUGUUGCAAAUGAUUCUUGUUUACAUAUUAUUAUUCUACAAAAUUAUAUAUUUUUUAACAUAACUAAUGUUAUGCUAGUAAUUUAUUAUUAUAUGUUAGAAUCAAACAAAUACAUCGCGAGACUAUUUCAAAAAAAUCAUAUCCUAAUAAAUAAAAUAACACUCACAUAGGUGUGUAUAUACGUAUGUACAUUUGCUUUCGUAAUCUUCGAACGUUUUCAGCUGUUGUGUGAAUAACAAAUUCCCUUCGCCGCUACAUCUGUGUUGGAAAGAAAUUGUAAACAAAUAAUCAGUCAAUCUUCAACCCCGUAGAUACGUAUAACAACCCUUCAACCUAAUGCCAAACAAAACGCAGGCGUUGAUUUCGAACAAGUCUGUCACGUUCCACAAAUACUCCACAAGCAAACUGUUGGUUAGGAGUUGGUCUGUGUUUGACUUGUUUUCAUAUGUCAAGAUUGUAUUGAUUUUUCGUGAAUCCAUUUAGAAGUUCUUUUUCAUGAUGCUGAUUCAUACCUUGCACUGAAGGCUUGCUAACAAUUUCAAGUUACCAAAAAAAAAAAGAUUAAUCAAAAAAUUAUAGAUUAUUAAAAGCUGCGAGAAGUUUUUAAAAUUCGCGUAGAUAACAUCAUACAAAGAGUAAAAGAAAGCAAAAUAUAAUUCAUUACGUUGUCCACAUCCAAUAAAGAAAGAAUAUAAUACAAUAUACAUAUAUAAGUAUAUAAAUAUACUACGUGUGCUAAUAAAAUCUUCAACGACGAUUUAAACCUUUCCAUCCAGGCAUUAGUCUGGAAAGUCAUUGAAACCGUAAAUCGAGAUGGCUUUGGACUUUGUGGCGACGUAUAAAGUUCUAGUGCUAGGUGAUUCUAAUGUGGGUAAAACGUGUAUUGUCCAUAGAUACUGCGACGAGAAAUACUACGACACAUACAUCUCUACUAUAGGCAUCGACUUCAAACAGAAAUUAAUCAAUUUGGAUGGUGUACCCAUAAAGUUACAAAUUUGGGACACAGCUGGACAAGAAAGGUUUCGAACAUUAACUACGGCCUAUUAUCGCGGAGCAAUGGGUAUCCUACUGAUGUAUGAUGUGACCAAUUUGGAGAGCUACAACAAUUUAUCAUAUUGGCUACGAAAUAUCCAAGAGAACGCGUCACCGGAUGUUGUCAAAGUCUUAGUGGGCAAUAAAUGUGAAAGCUCUGCUACUCAACGGGCGGUCGACAAAGAACGAGGAGAAAAAAUUGCUGAAAAUUUUGAUAUGCCCUUCUUUGAAGUAUCCUGUAAAUGCAACAUUAAUAUUGAGGAGGCUUUUCUAGCAUUGGCACGAAAGAUCAGGGAGCAACGCGAACGUCGGGGGGAUAACUUUGAUAACGACGAUAAAAAUCAGGACAAAAAAUCGCCUGGCUCUAACGGGCUUGGUACCUUUAGUUUGGCCAGUCUCUCCGAAGGUAAUCGUUGUUCCUGCUAAGCCGAACAGAAAUAUUCCACAUACUCAUAAGGAAAAAUACGUCCAAUAGAGUGCUGUAGUGGAAUAUGUACUUCCAUGCAUACUUACAUACAUACAUACAUACACACAUGCUAUCGUAAAUACUACCGAUACACUUGGCCAAAUAUGACUAGCACUGAGAUGCGGUAUGAGAGCAAAACAACUUGAACCAGCCUACAGGUAUUAGGCAAAUCGCACUUUUCCUGAGUGGGAAUAUGGUUGCUAAUGGCGGAGUUUCACAUUACAACCGUAAUACAUUGAUAAUACAUUACAUAGUUCAUGGUUGUUGUAGUAAUACAAUCCAAACUAAAAGUAAAAAGUUAUUUCAAAAUUUUAUAAUACAAUAUAUAUAUGUAAAUAUGCACAUUUUAGAGCUAAUAUCUUAUGUUUUAUACAUGCAUACAUACAUACAUACAUACAUACAUACAUAAUAUACAUACAUAUGUAGUUGCAUAAAGCCAAAUAGCAUGUAAUCGUUUGCGAGCGAGUACUUCAUAUUGCGCCUAAUAAAUAAUAUAGUAAAGCAAGUAUUAAGUAAGAAAUAAUUUUAGUCGAGUUGGCCACUUUAAAUUUGGUAUAACAUAAACCGUUAACAUCUCCGCUAGUAAAAUAUAUUCGGCAAACUGAAAAAGGAAGGACACCUACAUAUGGCAUGUAUUGUAGUUUCAUGAGCAAAACUGGUAAACAAUAUCUUGAUUAAAUACGUGAUUUAUAGUUAAGUAGUUAAAAUUAACCAUUCCUUCUAUAAAUUAAAGGAAUAUAUAAUUGAAACCACCUAAGGAAGAUUACAAACGGUUAGUCACGUUUUAAUUUUUGAUUAAAUGGAAAUCCCCAUUUAUAUAUCGUUACCUAAAAUGCAAACUAACGUAACAUUACAUUACUUUUCAUAAGUUGACAAGAGAAGGAAAAAUGAUAUAAAAUAGAAACUACUCAUAUUGUAAUAAAAUUUCAGUUUGGUUAUAACUUGGUUAUAUUUCUACAUAUACAUACAUAUGUAAUAUGAUGUGGUGAAACUUAAUCAAUAAAAAAAUCAAUUUAUAAUUUUUUGAUUUUAGGUGAUGCUAUGUAUGUAUAUAAUAAUAAGAAAACAUUUUUAUAUAUAGAAGCGAUGUGUAAAUUUUAAAAUUAUGCUACGGAAGGCAAACAUCUGUAAAUGCCCGUUGUCUUUACGAAGAUUCCGUUUCCAAUAGCGUCUUAGUCAAUUACCCAAUAGUGUACAAUAACAAAACUGAACAACAAAUCUUAAAAAUGCUUGUAAAAACUUACUAAUGAAUUACGAACUAAAGUGUAUAUGUAUAUUCUCAACCUAUAUGAAUUUUAUAAUGUGAACUACCAUAGAUAAGUAAGUACAGACAUACAAUAUUAUGUAUAUCACAGAUCGUAUUACUAACUUAACUAACUAUGUCUGCUUGAAAUGUGCUACAUACAUACAUAUGUACAUUAUAUUUACAUUUCAGAGUCUAUUACAUGCAUAUACAAAAGCAUUAUUCCAAAAGGACGUAAUGUAGGAUCACUUUAAAAGAAUCCAUUAAAUACAACGUAAAGCGAUUUGGUGCAUUAGUUAAGUGAAAUUUUACUAGUCGACUUGAAGUAAACUUAAGAUUUAUUUUUAAACAAUGUACAAUCCACAAUAAACCUAGAAAAAUAAUUUCAAUAAUACGAAAUAAAAUACAUUAACUAAAAUAUUCACGAGAUAAAUAUCAUCAA